GCGAAAGAGUUUACGAUUAGUUGUUUACAAAUGUUCUCGGAUCGACUCGUGUUUUCAAAUCACUCAUAUUCAAGUUUCCUUAUUUAUUCCUCUUAGCUUCCUUAUUUAUUCUUCGUGGUCAUGGCUGGAAUGUCAUUGAAUGACUACUUUCAGAGGGUACAAGGAGCCUUUUAUAACCAAGAUGGAGAAACUCUGGGGGAGCUGAUAUCAUUCAGAGAUCCUCAUGUUAUGAGCUCAAGAUUGAUGAUAGAAAAGCCAGAGCGAGAUGUAGAAAGGUGCAUCGAUCAGUCUCUUGCAGAAAUUAUUGCUGGGCACUUAAGAGCAGUGUGGGCAGCAAGUUCUGGAGACUGUGUAGAAGCUUGGAAGACACAGAUGAUCGUUGUACAUUCUAUAGCCCGGUUUCUGCAAGAGUUCAAAGAAGAGAAGUGGAUGCUCCCAAUGAUGAACAAUGCAUGUUUAGACUUAAGGUUAUUUGCACUGGCGGCAGAUCAGGAGUUAACACGGACGGGAAAAAGCAAGCCUGGAGAAACUCUAGAGAAGGCUGCUGAAGCACUUAUGAGCUGCUUCAGAGUGUGCGCUGCUGACACGCGAACAGGGGAAGAUUGUACAAAGCGAUGGGGAUUACUGUACCUGGUCAAUCAGUUCUUCAAGAUAUACUUCAAGAUCAACAAACUCAACCUGUGCAAGCCAAUGAUCCGUGCAAUUGAAGCGCUGGCUUUCAAGGACCGCUUUUCACUCUCCCAGCUCAUCACCUACAAAUAUUACACAGGCAGAAAAGACAUGUUUGAUUCUGAUUUUAAGUCAGCUGAUGCUACACUUUCAUUUGCCUUUCAAAGAUGCCAUAAAGGGAGCAGAAAGAAUAAGAGACGCAUCCUAAUUUACCUCAUUCCUGUUAAAAUGUUGCUGGGUUACUUGCCAAAACUGUCACUACUUGAACGAUACAAUCUGCCAGAGUUCCGUGAAGUUGUAGCAUCCGUUCGGCAGGGAAAUGUACGCCUUUUGUCAGAGACUUUGACAAAGCACAAGAGUUUCUUCAUUGGUGCAGGAAUCUACCUUAUUCUUGAGAAAUUGAAAACACUUGCUUUCAGAAACCUAUUUAAGAAGGUGUACCUCAUGCUUGGGACCCACCAGAUUGAGAUUACAUACUUCCUGCAGAGUCUCAAGUGGAUGUGUGUUGAAGAUGUGGACUUAGAUGAGACAGAGUGCAUCCUAGCCAACAUGAUUUAUGAUGGUCGGAUGAAGGGGUACAUUUCCCAUGCUCAUAGGAAGCUUGUUGUUAGCAAAAAGGAUGCAUUCCCUCCUUUGAUAUCAAUCUAGGUGAAAGAGCUGGGUAUGAGCUGCUGUAAUUUCAGAGUUUACCUGUGUCUCUUUGGUGUUUUUAGUGUUCAAAUGAAAAUUAUGUGAGAAGGUAUAAAAAUGUUCAAUAAUAAAUAAAGUGCCAUUGCAUAUGUUCAUUAUUUUUUUAUUCUGCUUUUUGUAGAAUUAUUUUGAUGGAGGGGGAAAGUAAGGAUAUAGAAUGGCCCAAGAUGAGUU